CAUGGAUAGUACAUUGUCGGGAGCCAUUUUUACACAGAAGUGCGUACCAAAGAAAAGACGAUGGCGUCACCAAGAGCAGAAAUCUCUGCAAAACAUACGCCUAGAAACUUGCCACGAAUUUAGCUAUCAUAUCCGUUCUGCAAAUGUGAUCGAACCUCCACGUUUCCACGCAUCUGGUCUGAGACGUGACGCGUCGAAAAGUCCGCCCUGGAAUGUACACGGAUAUAGUAGCCAGCUUGCUAACGGCCUUGUCACGGCUCCAACAGGAUGAGACCUAUGGCCAGCAUGAUGGUCUAAAGGCAGGUCACAUCCAGCACGUAGGACAGCGGAUCGCUUUAAGUCUCCGAGAGCCUCCCCUCUUCCUCUCCCCAGAAGGAGGCGAGGCUGAAGAUGUCGACCAAAAGGAAGAGGAGAGGAUUAGGAAUCAAGAGGUGGAGGAAGAAAAGACAGAAAUGAGGGAGGGGGAGAUGAAGGAAGGGGAGACGGGAUUGGAAAGGAAGAGGAUGGAAAGAAAGGAGGAAGAAAUGCAAGAGGAAGAGAAGGAAAUCGUGCCGGCCUUCGAAAGCAUGAUUCAAGAAGAAGAAAAAGUGACUGGAAGGGAAUCGGAGGAAAGAGGCACCAGAGAGGAAGAGGUAGAGGCAAAGCGUGAAGAUAAAGCAGCAAGGGCAACGGAGAGAAGGCGGGCGUGUGACAGGGGAAAAAGAAAGUUUGGGGAUACGAGGGUUGAGGAGGAGUGGCUGAUGACAAAAAGUAUCGAGAAACUACGACGUUUGGAUCAAAGGGAAGAAGACUGGGAGGACAGCAAAGAUAAGCCCAGAGAAGGCAUGUUGACGCGAGGAAUCAAGCGUAGAUCAAGCUUUGGCGCCACUGGAGGAGGUCCAUCCGAAGGGAGGAAGACCCCGGAGAAAAUGAGGGCGAGCAAAAGAGACCAGUGCUUUGUUGGAGGGGAGAAGGUGGAGAAUACAUCCAUGAUGGCGCGAAACGGCAAUAGUCAUCGUGAAGAGGACGAUGGAGGUGAAGAAAGUGGAGGGAGGAACAAGAGAUUGUGGUUACGGACUACAAGUGAAAGAGGAGACCGAGACAAGAAGGUGAAAAGGGAGAAGGACCAUAGCCAAGAGGAAGGGAGAGAAACAGCUCCAUCGAUUGAUAAGACGGCAUUGGGACGGAUGGACGAAGAAGUCCAUCAUGUAACGCCUGGGAAGGGUGGCGGGGUGAAAGAAAAUCAAGGGAGGGCAGCGGCUCUGUGGGCUUUGACGAUCGAAGUCCAU